GACGCAAUUCUUCACAAAAUACCUCAUCGCCUUCUGUCGUAAGUCAGAAUCCCCUGUUUCUUGACUUCCAAUUCUAGUGAGCAGUCUGUCAUCAUUCGAUUUCGACCAUUUUAACGAUCCGCCAAUAACACCUCGAGAUUGCUUUAGAUUCAUCGGUUGAUCCUCCACGCCACGUGUGCAGUUGGUAAUUCCCCCACGCUUUGACUGUCACCGCCGCAACUCUUUUCACUCUUCAUUCUUCACUAUAUAAGUAGGAAGGUACUGUACUCGGAUUUUCACUGUAGUUAGAAAUACAGAAUAGGAAAAUUCGUAGGAGCCCGGAUGAGAAAAAUGGGUUUCAAGAGGAACAAUAACUCGAGAGAUCUUGUUGGGUUUCUUACGUUAUUGUGUUUGCUUUCUCUGAUUUCGUGUCAGUCCCCAAUCCCGCCGAAGCAGGACGGGUUCUGGUACCGACGGAAAACAGGCAAGGAAGAGCCCGUGUUGAUCGAGGCGUUCUUUGACCCGGUUUGCCCCGACAGCCGGGAUUCUUGGCCCCCUCUCAAGAAAGCAAUUCAGCAAUAUGGCUCUCGUGUUUCAGUUGUCGUGCACACCUUUCCUUUGCCGUACCAUGAUAAUGCUUUCGCCACUUCGCGGGCUUUGCAUAUAAUUAAUAAGGUGAACAGUUCAAUCACGUACCAUCUGUUGGAGGCGUUUUUCGAGUACCAGGAAAACUUCUAUGGCAAAGCAACAUUCAACUUGUCAAGAGCAGCCGUUCUAGACCAAAUAGCAAAGUUCGUCACAAAGACACUUGGAAAAUCGUACCGCGCUGCAAUCAAAUCCGGCUUCACAGACUCCAAAACAGAUCGUGCAACAAGAGUUUCUUUCAAGUUGGGUUGCUUACGGGGCGUUUAUGGGACGCCUUUCUUCUUCGUCAAUGGGUUUCCCUUACCGGACGCAGGGUCGGCCUUGGACGUUAAAGGAUGGAGGAAAGUUUUAGAUCCUUUAGUCAGCGGAAAGGGCAAAAGGGUGGAGGAGUUUAGGCAUAUCUACUGAUGAUGAUGAGUAGAUGCACAGUGUAAUAUCUGCUUCUCUUUCUCAUGUAAUAUGUAUUGGUUCAAGUUAUGAAGUCAAUAAUGAGUUGUUGAUAGUUAAGUUGUGUAAGAGAGCAAUGCUUCCAGAAAUUACUGCAGUUAAAAUCCUGUUAUGGCUGG